GUAUUUUAGCUGUGGUUACACACUGAAAUGCUGGUAUCAACGAGUCGUGUUAAUAGAUUUUGAGACACAGAAUGCAAACUGGAUACAUUCUGGGUUUUUUAAUCGUUCCCGUUUUCUUGGAGGGAUGCUGUGUGGGAAACCAUCGAAGGAAAAAAACAGUUCUUCAGCAGGUUACACACCGGCGCUACAAAGCUGUGAAGGGCGAAAUCUUUAUGAUACCGUGCAUAGAAUCUGUGAACCAGCACCUAACUGCAAGUACUGGAGAAGGCAAAGAAGGAAAUGAAGCCCUGUCCUUCGUCUGUGGAAAGAAGUUUACUGCUGGAGCAAAACAUACUGGAAACUACACAUACAGGUCUUUGCUGUCCAAUGGCAGCAACUUGUUCGUCAGUCUACAGGUGGUGGAGCCAAAUAGUCUGAGAUGCUACGAGCCAAAGGAGAGCAAUGAAACACUGUACGCGAGUGCAGGUGGGGUCAUCUCGUGCCCAAGUCUCAACUGUAGUGACAACGCAGAUGCCAUCUGGUUCAAGGGUAAUGAACCUGUGUCUGAGCAGCGCAGAGCCAUCUGCCAGAAGAAGGGACAGUUACAUCUCUGCAAAGUCAGAUACAGUGAUAAAGGUGUAUAUUUCUGUGAUAGAAAGAUAGUUGAGCAAGGAAUCACAUGGACAUUCAGGAGGGCUGUUAACGUCACAGUUGAACCUGACCCACCAAGUGACCGUCCCAGGAUUCACAGUAGCAACAGGACAGAGGCAGCGGAGCUCGGUCGGAGUCAUACUCUGGUGUGUAUUGUAUAUUUUCCUUUUGAGAGAGCAUUUUCGUGGGAGGUGCAGUGGUACAUGAAUUAUGGUGGAAACAUGGAGAAUAUGACUCUACUGCCCAUGGAGAAGCAAAAACAGAAAAUCGUGACACGUGAAGAUUAUGAAGUCAUAAGAAGAGCCAUCAUAAAAGUGGUGAAACGAGAACACUUGAACAACACAUAUACCUGCAUUGCCAGCAAUGCUUUCGGAAGCUGCAGGAUCACUGUCAAGCUUGAGGAGAAAAUUAAAGGAAAAUGGCCGUCUCUGGUUGGGUAUCCCAUUGUGUCCCUGUUGCUGGUAGCUGGACUGGGAAUCAUUUUGCAUGUGAAAUGGCUUGAAGUACAGCUUAUCUACAGAUCCCACUUCCAACACAGAAAACAUGAUGGAGAUGAGAAAGGGUUUGACGUGUUUCUGUCGUAUGUGUGGAGCCCUCCCUCAAAACCGGUGGAGGGAGUUUUGACCCUUUCCUACCAGAAAGGACCUGACACUGAUGAGGAAGCACGUUUAUCCAGCAUGGACCUGCUGAGCACCGAGGAGGGUAAAGCCAGCCAGGGGCCACUGGAAGUGCUGCUACCCAGAGUGUUAGAGGACCAGUGGGGCUACCGCCUCUGUCUGCCAGAGAGGGACAUGCUCCCUGGAGGAGCAUACACAAACGAUGUGGUCCUUGCAAUACAGAGAAGCCAAAUGCUCAUCUGUCUCCUGUCGGCUGACUACCUCUCCAACAGCAAUGCUGUGUUUGAACUGGAGUCGGGAGUCCAGGCUUUGCUGCAAAAAACUCCCCUCAAACUCCUCCUAAUAUGGACCAGUAGAGCCUCAGCCUCCCUCAUCCAGCCAGAACCACCGCUGCCUACACUGGUCCAAAGGGCCCUGAGGGUUCUACCCAGUCUGGAUUGGACCGCAGGCAAACCAGCUAGAGCCACCAGCCAUUUCUGGAGGUCUUUGAGGAAGGCCAUGCCUGAUCAGAGAGUGAAGCUGGUUUCACUCACGCAGGACCGAUGAUUAGACUGUUACCAAAAGCAUUAUUUUCCGAGCAUUAUAUGUACAGCUUAUUUAUUUUACCAUACAGCUUGGAAUACGGCAUUCUGCCCACUGAAGUGCAAGACGUGAAUGAACAAAUGUGUAAAGGUAAUUUCCGUGAUGGUAGUGAUUCUAAAACAAGUCUCAUUUUUACUUGUAUGGAGAAAAGUGAGUCACACUUUAUGCCACACUCAGGGUCCAGUCAUGGUCUGUGCUCUGAUUUUUGACUUCCAUUUGAAUGAAAAUUAAAAUGUUUAUUAAAAAAGUGCAAAAUUAUCAAUUACCUAUUCGCUUUACAAGAAUUAUGACUGUAUCAGAUAAAGGGUUUCUUCUUGUUCACUGAUUAACAGGCUGUUUGUAUAUUAAGUGCUGAGGUGUGGUUCAUCAUGUAAUGUCACAGCAGACAUGUCAGCAAUAAACAUUUGACACAAUACAAAUCA